UCACCAUGAAGGUCUGCAUUCUUUUGUCAGUUGUGGCUCUGGCCUACGCCGCCGACCACAGAAUCCUGACCGACGAAUUCAUCAACGAAAUCAACUCCAAGGCUACCACAUGGAAAGCCGGAAGAAACUUCCCCGCCGACACCCCACUGUCCUAUUUCAAAGCUUUGGCUUCCCUUAAAGGCAUCAACAACAACCCUAACUUCACAGUUCCCGUCGUAAAGCACCAAAUCAAAGAUGACCUCCCAGGUUCCUUCGAUGCCAGAAACACUUGGCCAGAAUGUGAAUCCAUCAGAGAAAUCAGAAACCAAGGUGCCUGCGGUUCUUGCUGGGCCUUUGGUGCUGUUGAAACAAUGAGCGACAGAUUGUGCAUUUUCACCGCUGGUGCCCAAAAAUUCACCUUCGCCCCUGAAGAACUGAUCUCCUGCUGUUCCGCCUGUGGAUUUGGAUGUAACGGUGGUUACCUCCUUCAACCCUUCGAAUAUUGGCAAUCAACUGGUAUUCCAUCUGGUGGAGAUGAAGGAUCCAACUAUGGUUGCAGACCGUACACGGCCGCUACCUCUGGUCAGACUCCCCAAUGUAACCAACGAUGCGUCUCUGGAUACGGCAAAUCCUGGGCUGAAGACAUCAGACACGGAAUCGCCGCCUACCAGAUCAGCCCCGGCCAAAACGAUAUGAAAUACGAAGUUGUCGUUAACGGUCCAAUCGAGGUUGCCUUCGACGUUUACGAAGAUUUCUACAACUACCGAGGAGGUGUUUACUAUCACACCAGUGGUAACUUUGUAGGAGGUCAUGCUGUAAAAAUCAUCGGUUACGGAAACCAAGACGGAUCUGAUUAUUGGCUGGUUGCCAACUCUUGGGGAACCGGAUGGGGUGAAGGAGGUUUCUUCAAGAUCAGACGUGGCAACAACGAGUGUAACAUUGAAACAUACCCAACCGCUGGCAUUCCCCAAACAUAAAGGGAUAACGCUUGUUUAAAUAAUUAUAAAGUUUACGUAAUAAAUAUUUGAAUAUAA